UAAGUUUUCGCCAAAAACUCUACCUAAAAACUGUAAUCAUCUGUUUUCGAUUGCUCUAAUAUAUACUCUGGACUUUACUGAGUCGACUGGUGAUGCUCAAGAAAAAAAGCACAUAGUUACAAGCUACAACUAGUCGAAAAAUUUGAAACUCUUAAACUCCAAGUUUGGGGCUCACUUAACCGCACAAACACAAUCUAAUCCUUCUGUAACGUCAGCUGAUUUAUCAGCAGCAAAAAUAUCUUUACAAUUACCUAAAAUUAAUGUUUGUUUAUUACAAAUUGGUUUAGCUGAAGAUAAUGUUCAAUUAACUGAAUUACGUACAUCUGUUGAUAUUGUUACAAUGUCAUUAUUUGCACUUUCAUCUGGUGUUUUUAAAAUUCAAUCAAUAACAGGACAAUUCUGUCGAUUUGAAAUUGUUAAUAUUCAUGCUAUACAAUCACAGCGUUGUCGAUUACAAUUUCGUUUACCAAAUCAUAUACAAACACAUUUACCACUUGGUAAUAAUAAAAAAAAUGUCGGAUUUGUUAUGAAUGAAUUUGGUUUACAACGUUUAUGUUUUAAAUUAAUUAAUAAUGCAGCUAAACAACGAGAACAACAACGUAUACAUAUUUUAACAAUAAUGACACAAAUUGAUGAAACACAAACAACAAGAGCUUCAUCAAAACAUAAAUCAAAAAGAAAACAAUCAACUGAUCCAUUAUUAGCAUCACCAUCGGCAAUAAAUUCACCUAUAAACAUUCUACUGGUUACUACUACAACUAAUUCUUCAGUCGCUCCAGUAUCAUCUAGUCCAUCAUCAAGUAGUGUAUUUGAUGGUUCAAUUGAUCAUGUUUGGAUAUCAUUUCCUGAACCUCCACAUCACACACAUUCAACAUCGAAUUCUUCCAAACGACAACGUACAAGUACAACUAGUGCAAAACAAACUACAGCACCUAAAAAACUUUUUUCAUAUACACGUUAUGGUUGGAAUUUUCUUUCAACAAUAUCACCAACUGUUCUAGAAAAAUUUCUUCAUAAACGUAAAAAACGUUUUGAUGCUAUUCUAGCUUAUUUUCUUAUUAAAACAAAAUCUGUAUCAACUUUAUCACAAAGUAAACUCUAUGAAUUAUUAACUCCAAAAACAAAAUAUCUUCUUUCACAUCCUGCUUGUCAACUUGUUUUUGUAAGCAAUUUGAUUAUAAUACUCAAAUUAAUAUAA